CUUUUUUCUUUUAUGUAGACUAAUACCACAUUUUUCUUAUAAAAUAGGAUAUAUCAGAAAAUUAAAGUAUAUUUUUAUAUUGAAAAGUUAUAAAUAUUUGAAAUGUAUAAUAUAGAACGAAGUGGGUGUUAGAUUUUAGUUUUUAAUAUUACAGUUGUACAUGUAAUUUAUAUGUUAAAUUUAAUUGUGUUAUAUGUUUAAUAAGUGCAUUUAAAUAACAAUAUACGUAUAAUAUGGAAACUCCAGAUGUAUUUCCAUUUCCCUUCACACCGUACAAAAUACAAGAAGAAUUUAUGAAGGAAUUAUAUACAUGUAUUGAAAAUGGUAAUCUGGGAAUAUUUGAAAGUCCAACGGGAACAGGAAAAUCAUUAUCUAUCAUUUGUGGUGCCUUAAAAUGGCUAGUAGACCAUGAAAAAUUACAGAAAGAAGAACUUAAUUCCAAAAUUAAUGACUUAGAUAAUAAGAUAAAAAUGAUUGAAGCUACCUCCAAUGAUUGGUUUUUAUGUCAAACAGAGCAAAUGGAAUUUAAUCUUCAAAAAAGAGAACUGCAGUCUAAAUUAGAUGCUAUUUCUAAAUAUGAAAAGAAAAUGCAACAAUAUAAGGAAAGAAUUAAAAAGAAGAAUACUAAAGAAAAGAAAGCAUAUGUUAAGUUAAAAUCCAAGCCUUCUGAUACAGAAAAAGAUGAUAAUGUAUCAGCAGAUCCACAGAAUGAUGAAAUUGAUAAAGAGUUAUUACUGGUAGAUGAAUUAUCAGAUUCAGAAAAUUCAGCAGAAGAAGAAGAAGGGGAACAACAAAGUUUCCAUACAAAAAUUUUUUUUUGUUCAAGAACUCAUUCACAACUCUCUCAAUUUGUUAAAGAAUUAAAGAGAAGUCCUUAUUCAGAGAAUGUAGCUGUAGUUACAUUAGCUUCUAGGCAUAAUUAUUGUAUUAACAAAAAUGUAAAGAAAUUGAAACAUAUUAAUCUUAUCAAUGAACGGUGCUUACAAUUACAAAGAAAAAAAACUACGUGUAAAGAAGAAAAACAUAUUAAAAAAUUAAAAACAACGAACAGUUGUCCAUUUUUACCAGGAAAUCAUGAAUCAUUGAUGGCUGAAUUAUUAUCGGAUAUUCGUGAUAUUGAAGAAAUUAUACAAAAAGGAGAAGAACUUAGUACCUGUGCAUAUUAUACUGUAAGAAGAUCUAUUCAAGAAGGCCAAUUAAUAUUAGUACCGUACAAUUCCAUUUUACAUAAGAAUACAAGGAUUAGUUCAGGAAUAAAUAUAAAAGGAAAUAUUUUAAUAAUCGAUGAAGCUCAUAAUUUACUUGAAGCUAUUGAAAGAAUGUACAGUGCUUCAAUUACAGGAAGAAAUAUACUUCAUGCUUGUAAUCAAUUGUCACAGUAUCAGAAAAAAUAUCAAGCUUUGUUCAAUGCUAAAAACGUACUUCAUUUAAAUCAAUUAAGCUUCUGUUUGAAAAAGUUUUUAACUGUUUUUGAAGCUACAACAAAAUCUCUUCUAACUGAUAAUAUCAAUGGUGACUUAUCAUCAAAAUUAUACACAAUACAAGAAUUUGAAAGAACAACCGAAAUUGAUACUUUGAAUAUCUUUGAUUUAAUCAGUUUUGUGAAAAAAUCUAAACUUAUUCAUAAAUUGAGAGGUUUCAUAGAUCAAUAUGGUAAUGAUAUUAAAAUACAAGAAAGUAACAAGAAUAAAUCUGGCAUUACUCAGUUCUUAAAGUCAAUUAGUAAUGUUAAUAAGGAAGAGAAUAUGAUAUCCUCAGAAGUAAGACAAAAUGAAGAUGAAAUAAACAGUCCAUUAACAUUAAUUCUUAGCUUUUUAGAAUGUUUGGAAAAUAAUUGUGCUGAUGGGCGUAUAAUUGUUAUACCUGGCCCUAUCAUUGAACAGGGAAUUUUAAAAUUCCUUUUAUUAAAUCCAGCAGCUCACUUUCAUGAUGUUGUAAAAGAGGCCAGAGCCAUAAUAUUAACUGGUGGAACCAUGGAACCUGUAUCUGAAUUUACUGAACAAUUAUUUUUGGCAGCUGGCGUAAAACCGGAACGAAUUAUAACAUUUUCCUGUGAUCAUGUAAUACCUCCAGAAAAUAUUAUAUCCAAUAUCCUCACCUGUGGUCCAACUGGUGAAAAAUUCGAAUUUAAUUUUAAAAAUAGACAAAAUACAAAACUAUUAGAUGAAUUAGGAAGAAUGUUGAUAAAUUUUUGUAAUGUUAUACCAGCCGGUAUUGUUGUAUUUUUACCAUCUUAUGAUUAUGAAAAUAUAGUGUAUGAACAUUUAUAUAAAUCUGGUGUAAUAAAUAAAAUUCGCUUAAAAAAACAGAUCUUCCGCGAACCGAAAUCAACAUCUCAGGUUAAUGAUGUUUUAGAACAAUACGCACGAAGUAUAAAUUUUCCGCAAAAUCCACAAAAUGGAUCAUUAUUAUUUAGCGUUAUCGGUGGCAAACUAAGUGAAGGAUUAAAUUUUUCUGAUGAUUUGGGAAGAUGUAUUAUUAUUAUUGGAAUGCCAUAUCCUAAUAUUAAAUCAAUGGAAUUACAAGAAAAGAUUAAAUAUUUAAAUGAAAAUGUUAAAUCAGAUGCUGGACAAAACUUCUAUAACAAUUCCUGCAUGAAAGCAGUAAAUCAAUGUAUUGGACGAGCUGUACGUCACAUCAACGAUUAUUCAAGUGUAAUAUUAGUUGAUGUACGUUACCGUUACAAGAUUCAGGCACUACCUCGAUGGAUUCAGCGCUCAUUAACAGUCAGCUAUUCAUUUGGAAAUACAAUAGGUGCAGUAGCUAAAUUUUUUGCUGCAAGAAAAAGAAAUACUUAGAUGUGUUAUCAGUGUAUUGUAAUUUAUUAUACUACAUACAUGUGAGUAUAUUUUUUUACCUAUUUUAAUUUUAUUUAUUUAUUUUUUUGUAUGUUAUAUAUUUCCAUAUCUACAUAUAAUUAGCAAGUUGUAUUCCAAACUUAUAUGUGAGAUCAUGACAAUAAACUUGACCUGGAUACAGAAUUGCACAUGGAAAAUGUGCCUGAAAAAAAAAUAUAUUUAUCAUAACAAUAAAAAUAAAAAUAAAAAUAAAAAAUGUAUUUGUCAUUAUAGUAAAA